CACACACACACACACACAUACACACACACACACACCGCUGGUCACUCUCCUCUCUUCCGGAUCACCCUUUUUGAUGGGUAACGUGUGUUUCUUUCAUUUCCUCUCAAAAACAAAGUUUUAUAAGGCGACGUGUGAAUCUUAAUCGAUGCUUAGAUGCAAACUCAACGGUUAUCCCGAAAUAUCAGCCACGUCUUAAUGUUGUCAAGCCAAUACUUGCUAUCGUCUGUAAGCUGCAGAAGACCCUCCUAUGUGAUUUCAACUUGGCGCAUGUGAUCAAGGACAGAUGCACUGCCCCUGCUGCCGCUGCAGAUAUGCAAUUACUAUGCCACUGAGAGAAGAAUAACUUUUGUCGCAUUUUAAUUCCUGGAGCUGCUUUGGGCACAGUUGAAACUUGAUUAAAAAGCCGCUGCUCAGAACUGUCUCUCUCAGCUGAUUUCUUUGAACCAUCACAUCGUAGUGUGCAAACAAUCAUGGCACUGGAGGCCAACUGAGACAAAGGGGAUUCUACUGGAAGUUUAAAGUCUGGAGGGGACUGGACUAAGAGCACGGACUCACAGUGAGAUGCAUCAUGCUGCAGGGACACUAGGCUCACUGUUUAGAUUCUACUGUGUGGUACUUUUUUUCCUUUUCCUGCAAUCGCAUCGCUUUGGAUGGUUCAACACAAGGAUGACUUUGAGGAAAUCCAUCAGUGGCUGUGGUUUGGUCAAAGCUGACAAACCUUUUGCCAGCUAUUGCUGAUUUAGUAUCCUUCUCCACUGCUCCAAUUGCUGUAGCCCCCUUCGCUAUAGUCUCUAGCAUGGUGAGUGAUGCCUGGAGGCAUCUCAAGAUUGGAACUGAACCAAUAUAAUACUUGUGAAGCUGGUUUCUUGAAGGAUUGUGUUCCAUUUUUCAAGGACCUUUAUUUCUUUGCACUGGAAAAAACAGCCCAACCCAGUCAAGGUCAUUAAAGAAAAAAAAGAAAAGAAAAGUUAAAUCCCGGAAAGACGACCCAGGAGGAUGAAACUGAGGAAACAAGUGACAGUGUGCGGCGGGGCCAUAUUCUGUGUGGCUGUAUUCUCACUGUAUCUGAUGUUGGAUCGAGUCCAACAUGACCCUGCAAGGCGACAGAAUGGGGGGAACUUUCCACGGAGCCAAAUCUCAGUCCUGCAGAACCGGAUAGAGCAGCUGGAGCAGCUCCUGGAAGAAAACCACCAAAUCAUCAGCCACAUAAAGGACUCUGUGAUGGAGCUCACAGACACAGGAGCUGUGUCUCCCAGUGGCCACCUGCCAUUCAGAAGUGCCAAUGGUUCUUGGGUCCUGCCAUUUGAUGGCCGCCCCACUUUCCUCGCUGUCAAAGACCAGGAUUGCCAGUUUGCCGUUGGUCAUCAUGGUCAAGCAGAUGUUCAGAUGCUGGAUGUCUACUCCCUCCUGAAGUUUGACAACCCUGAUGGUGGCGUAUGGAAGCAGGGCUUUGACAUAACUUAUGAACCUGAUGAGUGGGACAAUGAGCCACUCCAAGUGUUUGUGGUCCCUCACUCUCACAAUGAUCCAGGUUGGAUUAAGACAUUUGAUAAGUACUUCACAGACCAGACACAGCAUAUUUUAAACAACAUGGUGGUGAAGCUUGCUGAGGAUCCUCGUAGGAAGUUCAUCUGGUCGGAGAUUUCAUUCUUAUCCAAGUGGUGGGAGACGGCAGACGUACACAAACAGGAGGCUGUGCGCAAACUGAUCCUUGGAGGGCAGCUAGAGAUUGUGACAGGAGGCUGGGUGAUGACAGAUGAAGCCAGUGCACACUACUUUGCCAUGAUAGACCAGCUCAUUGAAGGGCACCAGUGGCUGGAGAGAAAUCUGGGUGUAACUCCUCGCAGUGGGUGGGCAGUAGACCCUUUUGGCCACAGUGCUACGAUGCCCUAUCUGCUGAGGAGGGCCAACCUGACCAGCAUGCUUAUUCAGAGAGUCCACUACUCCAUCAAAAAGCACUUUGCCUCCAUGCGUAGCCUGGAGUUUAUGUGGAGGCAGGCCUGGGACACUGGAUCAAGCACAGACAUAUUCUGCCACAUGAUGCCAUUCUACAGUUAUGACGUGCCUCACACCUGUGGGCCUGAUCCAAAGAUCUGCUGCCAGUUUGAUUUCAAGAGGUUACCAGGUGGUCGGAUAAACUGUCCCUGGAAAGUGCCACCAAAAACUGUGGUGGAGGCCAACAUAGCUGAGAGAGCGAACCUCCUACUGGAUCAGUACCGUAAAAAGUCCAAACUCUACCGCAGCAAGGUGCUUCUUGUCCCGCUGGGAGACGACUUCCGCUACGACAAGGCGUUGGAGUGGGAUCAGCAGUACGUCAACUAUCAGAAGCUCUUCGACUACAUGAAUUCUCACCCAGAGAUGCACGUACAGGCUCAGUUCGGGACUCUCACAGACUACUUCAGUGCUGUAUAUAAAUCACAGGGAGUGGUCCAGGGAUCCAGACCUGCAGACUUCCCGGUGCUCAGCGGAGAUUUCUUUGCCUAUGCAGAUCGUGAAGAUCACUACUGGACUGGCUAUUUCACCUCAAGGCCCUUUUACAAGAGCCUGGAUCGUGUGAUCGAGUCGCAUCUCAGGGGGGCAGAGAUUCUUUACAGCCUGGCGGUUGCAAACGCUCGACAUGCAGGCAUGGAAGGGCGCUACCCAGUUUCAGAUUACGCCCUGCUCGUCGAUGCCAGGCGAUCAGUUGGUCUCUUCCAGCAUCAUGACGCCAUCACUGGCACUGCAAAGGAGAAUGUUGUUGUUGACUAUGGCACCAGAUUACUGCGCUCACUCAUUGGUCUGAAGAGGGUAAUCAUCAAUGCUGCUCAUUUCCUGGUGAUGAAGAAUAAAGAGUUUUAUCGCUUUUACCAGACGGAACCCUUCCUUGAGACGGAUGAUAGGCGUGCUACUCAAGAUUCUCUGCCUCAGCGCACUUUAAUUGAGGUGGACUCAGCAGGGCCGAGGUACCUGGUUCUGUUCAACCCCAUUGAGCAGGAGCGUCUGUGCGUGGUGACUGUGCUGGUGAACACAGUCAGGGUGCGGGUGCUUACUGAGGAUGGACAGACCCUCCCUGUGCAGCUGAGUGCUCAGUGGAGCUCUACUAGUCAAAUGAGUGCAGAGGUUUUUGAAGCAACAUUCAUGGUGCGUCUGCCUCCUCUGGGUCUGGCUGUUUUCCAUGUUUAUGACUCUCCAGAUUCGCCCAUGACUCUCCACUCUGAUACGCUGCUCAGGCUUUCUGGGCGCAGUGUUCCCGCCCGUGCUGCUGACCCGCUCCCUGUUCGCUCUCAGCUUUCUGACCAUCAGACCUUCUACAUCAGCAGUCAGUCCCUCACACUUGGCUUCUCUGGAACCACUGGCCUGCUGGAGAGCAUAAAGCGUAAAGACGAUCCUCAGGAGGUAAAGGUUCAGAUGCAGUUUGUGGUUUACGGCACUCGCCCUUCUAAAGACAAAAGUGGGGCUUACCUUUUCCUGCCUGAUGGAAAAUCAAAGCCCUACCACCAGAAAGAAUCACCUGUGGUGCGCGUCGUAGAGGGGCCUCUCUUCUCAGAGGUGGUGGCACACUACCAGCAUUUCCAGCAGAGCAUUCGCAUCCACAAUGUGCCAGGCGUCGACGGGUUGUCUAUAGACAUCACCACCAUGGUGGACAUCAGAGAACAGACCAAUAGGGAGCUGGCCAUGCGACUGGUCACUGACAUCCAAAGUGAAGAUGCCUUCUACACAGACCUCAACGGUUUCCAGAUGCAGCCUCGGCGCCGCCACCUAAAGCUUCCCCUGCAGGCCAACUUUUAUCCCAUGUCGAGCCAGGCUUACAUCCAGGACAGCCACAACCGCCUCACGCUGCACACAGCUCAGUCUCUGGGUGUCAGUAGCUUGGAGAAUGGCCAGCUGGAAGUGAUUAUGGACCGGAGGCUAAUGCAGGACGAUAAUCGUGGACUGGGCCAGGGCGUGAAGGACAACAAGAAAACCGCCAACCGUUUCCGACUUCUGCUCGAGCGGAGAUCCACUGGCAACAAGAUGAUGGACAGCUCAGCAACAACAAGCUUCCCGUCCAUACUCAGUCACAUGACAAACGCCAUCCUGAACCGCGAGGUCCUGGCGUUGCCCGUGUUGCCCAAAAGACGCGGCAUUCCUCCUCUGCAGACCUUCGCUCCUCUCAAGUCCAUCAUGCCCUGCGACUUCCACCUGGUGAACCUGCGCAGCAUCCAGAGCCAGCAGGACCCCCACGCUCCAUCUCCAUAUACAGCCUUGCUUGUUCACCGUCUGGCGCUGGACUGUGGCCUUGAGGCUCAGAACCUGGGUUUCAACUGCACCACCACACAAGGACAGCUGAGUGUCUCCGGACUGUUCAAGAACCUGGACCUGCAGCUUCUUCAGCCCAUGUCUCUGACCCUGAUGCACUCCGGCUCACCUCUGGCCAACGACUCCACCGUCAGCCUCGAUCCCAUGGAGAUCUCAGCCUUCAAGCUCAAACUGCGCUAAGAGCGUCGUGAACAGAACGAGGCAGUGAUGAUUAAAAAAAAAGAAAAAAAAGUAAACCCAAUAGACUCCUCGGACCAAGAAGCAGGUCCUCGCCGGGCCACAGACUUGAUCAUGUGGGUUUCUUUUGUUUUGUCGGGCAGAACCACACACGACUCUACAGCUGUAACAGGACUGACUGUACAGCAGGGGGCAGACCAUGGAUGUUGCCGUGGACACUUUUGUGAUCUGAGACUGCCAGUGUUGCUCGUUGGACACGGCCUGGAAUCUGUUCAUCGCCAUGACCGGAUAAAAAAAAAAAAAGAAAUCUCAUUUGGUUCUGCUCCGUGAGAACUCGUCCUUUUUUCAACCUAUCGUCGCUUUCGUCCUGGACUGAACUACUGAAUGUAAAUAUCCAAAAAGGACCAGAGGAGACGGAGGAGAGACACUUGCGACGUCAGAGUGCAAUUUACAAAGCUUUAUUUGGUGUAUGGGGUUUUAUUCUAUUUUUUAUUUUAAAUGUAUGAUGUCACACAUCACAGGAUCUUUGUUUAUCAAUCUACUGCUGACUGCAGUUACUGUUUGUUUGUUUGUUUUAUUAUUUUUGACAGACUCGAAUGCAGCAAAGAGAAUGUGUGGUCUCGCCAUCUCAAACUCAUCUGGAGACACAAGCUGCCGCUCUUUAAACUAUCACACGUCCGAGUCCGAGACUCUGGCGUCACAGUGACAAAUGUGAGCAUUAAUCAUAUCACAGACGACUGUUUACCUUCUGUCUGUUGUUGCUGACUGUAGAUACUUCACAGACUUUCCUCCCCUCUCUUCUGUUCUCUCUGCUAUACCUCAUAUACAGUAAACUAUACCACACUGCAGAUAUACAUAUAUAUAUAUAUAUAUAUAUAUAUAUAUAUAUAU